CUGUUGACAAAGUUCAUUAAAAAUGGAUAAGACGUGUUUUGAGAUCAACAAUUGUUCCUGUUAAGCAUCGUCACUGUCCAGAGGUAUUUCCCGCACAAGCUAAGACGUGCCGUUGCUUUGGUGUGUUUGGCAUCAAGUCCUCAUGAAAAACAUCUCCGGGCUUAUCCUUUUAAUCCGCUCUCAGCGGCUUUUAUCCCAGAGUCUUAAUUCUCUCAUGAGGAUGCUGUAGAGGCUGGGAGGGCAACAGUGACCAGCUCCAUCCAGAAGAGACAAGUUCGAAACAGCAAUAUUCUAGGAAUGGGAAUUAAGGGCUACAGCGCUUAUAGCUCAUGUGGCCCCUUCUCUUAGCAAAGCAGACAUGUGAGAAAGAAAAAAUGUGAAUGUAUCCUUUCCCCACACACACAAUUUCACAGUUUCCCUUGAGUCGGACUCCCAUGACAGAACGGCACAAUAGCACACAGUCCAACUGAAUACAAUAGGCUGCAUUGACCAACAUGCAGGUCAUCCAUCUUUCCCUGAUUUGCAGACAUGCACACAAAAGCCAUGUGCUGAUAGUAGCACUGUGGGGUGUAAUGGUGCUGUCACCUGCACCGAAAGCAUCCUCUCUCCCUCCCUCCCUUCUCGCUCUCGCUCCCUCUCUCUCUCUCUGUUCCCCCCACCACCACAGAUGAAAACAAGUCCCCACAGAGCAUGCCAGCAUCUCAUUGGCUGGGAUAUCACAGGAGUGGAUGGGAGCAGGAGCGAGAGAGAGAGAGAGAGAGAGAGAGAGAAAGAGUAGCGAGGAGGGGAGAAAGCUCAAGAAGAUGCAACUACUCUGCCACAGCAUCCUGACAGAGCACUGAGCUGAGGGAUGAAAGAGGUGUAGACACAUGCUCUGUCCCCCUUUUUUUUCUUUUGUCUUGCUGAUUUCUGGUCGCCCUGUAGAUGAAAAACACAGAGGACUUAAAGGAUAACUUCCUCCACGUUGCCGCUGGAACAAGCUCUCCAGCUGAAAGGUGCAGACGAGCAACAGCUGGGCUGACUGAUCUGAAGCUCUUUGGAUCUCAGCGUCACCUGGACAUGAUCCCCCCUUGCUGACUGAGCAGCUGCCGGUGAUUGCUACUCCUGAUUUCUACUUAUCUAGGCUACCCGCACCCGAACCUCUGCAUUGUUGGAGUGAGCUAUUUUAGUCUUUCCCCAGGCUGCACUGUUGUCUUUGGGAGAGGCAUCGCUCGGAGAAGGGUGUCUGCGUUUACUGUAAAUGUGUGUCCCCGUGACCGGUGCCGAGCUAUCACCCUCAAAGUCCCCCGCACCUGCUGAGAUCCCCUGGAAGCCACCUGUUCUGACUCUGGGAUGGUGUGACCUCGAGCCAGCUGUUGGCCGUCCCACAUCUGGGUCAAGAUGCCGGUGAUGAAGGGCCUCCUGGCCCCCCAGAACACCUUUCUGGACACCAUCGCAACACGCUUCGAUGGCACCCACAGCAAUUUCCUGCUGGGUAACGCCCAGGGUCACCGUGGCUACCCCAUCGUCUACUGCUCGGACGGCUUCUGCGAACUGACGGGCUUCACGAGAACUGAGGUGAUGCAGAAGAACUGCAGCUGCCGCUUCCUGUACGGGGCCGACACCAGCGAGCACGUGGCCCAGCAGAUGGAGAAGGCUCUGGAGGGCCGAGAGGAGUACCAGGCCGAGGUCCACUUCUACAAGAAGAACGGUAUGGCUUUCUGGUGUCUGCUGGACAUCGUGCCCAUCAAGAACGAGAAGGGCGAAAUGGUUCUCUUCCUUUUCUCAUUCAAGGACAUCACCGACACCCACGGAAAAGGCCACCACAACAGCAAGAAGGAGGUUUCAGACGACAAGAGGUGCAGGAGGAAGAGCAGCUCCCACUUCAGCGAGGCCAGGAAGCGCGGACGCACCAUGCUGUACCAGCUGACCAGCCAGUUCUCAAGGGGAGGCAAAAGAGAGGUCAACCUGGGUGGCAGCAUGAUUGACAAGCCUUCCAUACCAGAAUACAAGGUGGCAGCGGUGCAGAAGUCGCGCUUCAUUCUGCUCCACUACAGUGUGUCCAAAGCCCUGUGGGACUGGCUCAUUCUGCUGGCUACCUUCUAUGUUGCUGUCACCGUGCCCUACAAUGUCAGCUUCACACCGUAUGAUGACACUGUCACAGCUGCACGCUCCACCAUUGUAAGCGACAUUGCAGUGGAAAUGCUGUUUAUUAUAGAUAUUAUCCUGAAUUUCCGCACCACCUACGUGAGCCAGUCAGGCCAGGUGGUGUAUGAAGCACGCUCCAUUUGCAUUCACUAUGCCACCACCUGGUUCUUUGUGGACCUGGUGGCUGCCCUGCCCUUUGACUUGCUGUAUGCCUUCAACAUCACAGUGACCUCCUUGGUCCACCUACUUAAGACAGUACGCCUGCUGCGCCUCCUUCGUCUUCUUCAGAAGCUGGACCGCUACUCCCAGUACAGCGCCAUGGUUCUGACCUUGCUAAUGUCUGUGUUCGCCCUGCUGGCACACUGGAUGGCCUGCAUCUGGUACAUGAUUGGACGCAAGGAAAUAGAGACCAAUGAGACCUGGGACAUUGGGUGGCUCCACGAGCUGGGCAAACGUCUGGAGACGCCCUACAUCAACAGCACAGUUGGCGGCCCGACAGUGCGCAGCUCCUACAUCGCUGCCCUCUACUUUACCCUCAGCAGCCUGACCAGUGUGGGCUUUGGCAACGUCUGUGCCAACACUGAUGCAGAGAAGAUCUUCUCCAUCUGCACCAUGCUCAUCGGCGCAUUGAUGCAUGCUGUUGUCUUUGGUAAUGUGACGGCCAUCAUCCAGCGUAUGUACUCACGCCGUUCUCUCUACCACACACGUAUGAAGGACCUAAAGGACUUCAUCCGUGUCCACCGUCUGCCCCAGCAGCUCAAACAACGCAUGCUGGAGUACUUCCAAACCACGUGGUCUGUCAACAAUGGUAUAGAUGCCAAUGAGCUCUUGCACGACUUCCCUGAUGAGCUGCGGGCUGACAUCGCCAUGCAUCUGAAUAAGGACAUCCUCCAGCUGCCGGUCUUUAAGGGGGCCAGUCGUGGCUGCCUCCGCUCACUCUCACUCCAUAUAAAAACCUCCUUCUGCGUCCCUGGGGAGUACCUCAUCCGGCAGGGCGAUGCUCUGCAUGCCAACUACUUUGUCUGCUCUGGGUCUCUGGAGGUGCUGAAAGACAGCAUGGUGCUGGCUAUAUUAGGGAAAGGGGACCUGAUCGGGUCUGACUUGCCUGGAACAGACCAGGUGAUCAAGACCAAUGCUGAUGUGAAGGCCUUGACCUACUGUGACCUGCAGUAUAUCAGUGUACGAGGCCUGAGAGAGGUGCUGGAACUUUACCCUGAAUAUGCCAGCGUGUUUGCCUCUGACAUCCACAACAAUCUCACAUAUAACCUGCGUGAGGGCAGCCAGGACGAGGGUCUGAACAGGUUUUCAAGGUCACCCAGGCUCUCCCAUGAACCUAGACUUCCCCCUAUCGUGGAAACCAAGGGUGAUGACUCAGAUGACUCCUUCCACCUCUCUCCAAACACUCGCUCUCGCCGCAACCUCCUGCUGCCCAGCUUCAGCAGCCCCGUCCGCCGCACGUCUCUGGGGAACCUCCUGGGGGACGAGUUGCGGCAGUUCAACGCCCUGCGACGCUGCCGCUCUCCCAAUCUCAGCCGUGGCUUCCACGGGCAGAACUCGUCCCCUCAGCCACCGACCAAACGAGAGCACAGCACCCCCACAUCAGCCCCGGCCCCAGCCUCAACAUCAGGCCAGACAGAGUCAGGAGCUGAGCAAAAGCCUUCGAAGCUGCUCAUCCCAACUGUGACCUGCUUUGGACCCCCAGACCUUAGUCCAAGGGUUGUAGACGGCAUCGAAGACAAUGGGCACACGUUCCAUUUCAACGUGGAGCACAGUGGGCCUAAAGCCAGUACAGGAGGCAGUACCCGAGAUGCCACGCAGGCAAAUGCCACUCUGUUGCUAGAGACAGAGGAGGUCAGGCAGAGCAUCAGUCAGCUCAACCAUAAGAUGGGCACAUUAAACCAGGAAGUAUCUGAGCUCACCAAGGGCCUGCACCACAUGAUGCACCUCCUCCAGGCUCACAUAUCCAUGCAUCACUACAAAGCCUCCCUCCCCUCAUACCCUUAUGGCAUCCAAAUGGUGUCGAGCCCUCCCACAGGCCCCAACGCUGGCAUGUCGUUCAACCUAGCGUCAGCCUACCACCUCCAUAACGAUCCUGGGGGCCACGAAGGUCACAACCACCAAAAUGUCCCACCCACUGGCCACUGGAGCUACAGUGGAGCUGCUGAAACCCGAACUGAGAGCCACCACCAGCCUCAGUCCGCCAGUCCGCCUGCUAACUCCUGCCCGCACCCCUCUCUAAACUCUGCGCCCAGGUUAGGCUCGUGUCAUAGCUCUGAGAGCAUGACCACACAUCUGUGGACCAGCCCUUCACUCCUCAGCGUCAGCCCAGGCUUCCAGGGUGGAAGUCCAGGCAUCACACCUCAUGCUGGGCAUGAAGACUCUGACAACAGACCUCUCAGUGCUAGUCCAACUACCAUCAGCCAGUCCCAGCCCACUUUGUGCCUGCAGCCUCCCGGUGAUAGUGAUGACUACUCUUGCCUUUUGUCUGGUGCCCCCACAGGCAGGUCCACACACAGCCUGCUGGACCCAUCACUGAGCUCUUACCCCCAUCUCAACCUGCCCUCAGAGUCCCAUCUCAACUUAUCACAGACCUCACAAGAGAACAUUUGUGUUCUGAUGUCCACCCCAGCAUCUCAUAAUCUGAUCCACGACACCUCCAUCUUCCAAAAGGAGGACUCACACCCCUCUAUUCACCCUGUCUCUGCCUCUACACCCGCAUUGCCCAGCCACCCUCUCGGAUCCUCACUGGAUUCAGGGUCGCCACGAUUGGACGCUCUCGAGCCCGGUCUCCCACUGGGCGACCCAUCUGCCAUAGAACACACCAGUCUGGAGUGCCUACUGGGGAAAGGGAGCUCUAUGGAGAGCCGGGACAGCGAGAGCGCAUCGUCGCGAAGGUCCAGCAUCGGCGUCCAGACACAGAGCACAGAGCAGUCGUGGUGCCUGGACCUCACUGAUUGAACUGUACAUGUUUCAGGGGCAGACUCAGCGACUUCACUGCAACUGGAAACAAAAGCAGCAGUUACUGAAAUGCAACUUCUUACAGUGUUUAAACAGACUCUGCUGGAGAUUGUCAAUGUGUGCUGUAUUUCCCCCUUUGAAUUCUUGGGCUCUCAUAUUUGUCAAACUCCACGCAAUCUACACCAUUUCUAUGCAAAAGCAUGUCAUUUGUGCAUUAUCUUGGCUUUACGGAAGUGUGUCUUUGAAAAAAAAAAAGCUCCACAGCAGUGGGUUCUAGUAUAUACUGUAUAUUUUUUCCAACAUCCUCAGAGCAAAUUUGCAGUUGAUAAAAACCUGUUACCUUCUUGCAUGGUAAAGUUGUUUAUUCUUUUUCCUAAGGAAAAGGUUUCCAAAUCAAUAUGUAAGCAUUCUACAUGAAAACCUGUUGAUAGUGCACACAGAUACUGUAUUUAUAUGGCAGACAGGUCAGAGUGGUUGGAUGUUUUAACACACAGAGGAACAAAAAUGACACAUGCUUCACUUUGCGCAUAGAGAAUAGAGUAUGUGUAUCACACAGCAUAGAUUGUUCAUUGUUUUAAACUGAAUGUUUUUCUCAGUUCAGCAUUUUUUAUUUGCAAUUUCAGAGAGUUUUUGGACUAUGAAUAUCUCAUAUCCAAACUCAAAGCAGUACACAUUAAAUAAUUUAUGAUUUCACUUAUAAUUCCAUUGAACAUCUCCUUUUUAUGCAUCUCCUAAAGAUCCUUCAGGAAAUUUGAGUAAAUUUACUAUUUUCUCUUCACCAAGGCAUUUAAUACGAUGCUGGGAAAUAGGUUCAGUUGCUCUUCAUGAAAAAUAAAAUAAAUGAAGAAGGUACAAAUAUCUUUCUCAAGGAUCUACAAUUCUAUAAACACAACAUAGCUGCUGAUAAAUUAAAGAUAAAUAAAAAUACACAUUUAGUUCAAAAGUGGGUCUCAUGAAAUAUUUAAUACUGUUAUUAAUUUACAAAAUGUGAAUGCCUCCUGGGAUAAAAACAUGAGCUCGCAAUACUCAUACAAUAUUCAGAGUAUUCAGGAACUUGAUUGAUUUCUCCUCGGCUGACAAAAUAAAGAAUGCAGAAAAUUGCUCACUGUGUCCUUUACUGUGGUGUCACACUUUGUUUCUGCAUUUUAUUCUGAAA